AUGCCGAUCUUAGGAGUAAAUUCGGUUAUUAAGUCCCUAGGGUACCUGCCUCCCAGAUCCCCAGCCGACUCAGAAUCCGCUUUCUGCUCCAGCGGCCAGCUCACUGGAGGCUACAGUUUCACUCACUCUCUCCGUGGUUUAUCUUACAUCAGUGCCCUGUUAAUAGAAGCAGAAGAAGAAGAUGGGAAGUCCGUCACUGCCAGAGCCAGAGGGUGGAGUGGAGGCACUCCAAGAGCGGGACCGCACUCCUCCCGCCUCUGUUCUCUUCUAAUUGCGGCAAUUAGUUGCAGCCCUCAUCGGAUUUCUUUUUCUCCUUCCUCUUUUUCUCAAUGAUUUCAGCUGGAUCUGCUUUAGUAUAUCUUAUCUUAUCCUUCUCAGGCAGAUAUACUUUAUUGCUCCCUAGUAUUUGCAAGACCUUCAGAGUGAUAACUUUCUAAGAAGCAGAUAAAAUGGUCCAGUUUGACAAUUUUGUUUUCUUUAUAUUUGAGUGUGCCUUAAGUUUCUUCCUUUCAUUAGAAAAGAAUAGAAUAGAAUAGAAAUUUAAACUUUAUUCUGGGACCA